CGCUGGAUGAUGACGUUUGAGUUUAGGACAUAAACAACAUGGAUGAGAGAGAAGCGCUGAAAAGGCAAAUCGAUCUGUUGCAAAAUCUCAUUAAUAACCAUAGAAGUAUCCAUGGGGAUGCCCCUUCUUGUUCUGGCCAGCAGUGGCACCCAGCGAGACCACCAGCCCGAGGCAGGGGUCCCAGCUCAUUUUUCAGCCCCACAUUCCCCUCGUGUGGUGGGCCUCACCCCCCAGGACACUGGAGGAAGAGCUACACUCUCAGUAGCAAGACCAGCUCAUCCCAGCACAGUAGACCUACUACACAGACUGCCAAGCCCUCUCUAGAGCAGCAGGGUAGACAAAUACAGAUUACCAAGCCCUCUUUAGAUUCUGCAGCACCCAACUCCUCUACUGGGUUCCUGUCUCUUCAUGCAACAGAUACCUUACAAUCCAGCCACAGCAGUAAGGACCCAGCUAGAGGAGAGAAGGAUGGAACAAAAUGGGCUACGUCUAGGGAUCUAACAGGGCCAAGGGGCCAGCAGUACGCACUCACAGGGGGAGUGAGACGAUCUAUGACGGGGACAGGCAGUGGAUCCACAGCUAUAGAGAUAGAGACUGAACCCGUCAGAGGAAGGACAGGACCUGGGGGCAAGGCUGGGCUGGGAGUUUCGGCGAAGAGCAUAGGACUGGGACUGCCUCUGAUAAUGACCGCCCCUGGACAAAUGGACUUGUCAGGUGUCCCUGCCAAAAUGACCACCAUUGUCACCAGGGUUCAGAGCACUGCUCAGCUACAUAUUAAACAUUGCGUGACUGGGAAAACCAAUACAGCAGCUAAGCAGGUUGUCCCCAAGGCAGCCUCCAACAGCAACCCCACCCCUAGCGAUGCCAAUUCACUUCCUCUACCCCUUCCACCUCCUCUCUCUGCGCCCCCUAGUGCCUCUCUCUGUCCCAGGUCCAAGCUCACCUCAGCCCAGCCAGCCUCCUCUCCCCAGAACCACUCCAAGUUUACCUGGGUGAAGAGCCAUCAGCCAGGAGGAGUCAGGCCCAGCCAGGCCAGAAUAGAGUCCCGGCCCCCAGAAAAUCUAAUCACAUCUGUCACCACCACAGUCUCCCAUUCUGGUGUCCCUAGCAGUUUCUCAUCCAGCCCCAGUUCCAGUAGGAAAGCCUUUGCCCCCAGAAAAAAGGUUGCCCGUAGGCUCAGUUUAUCCACUGCAGUCCCUAAGACCUCCAAGUACACCUGGGUUUCCUCUGCUGCAGGGGUCCAGGCUAGGCUGUCCCGGAAGCCUCUCUCACCCAAAGACCUGGCUCUGGCUCUGCCCCAGAGAGCUGCAGAGGGGUUGGUUGCCAAGAAACCAAAAUCCCCAAAUCCUUUAGCCAAGCAGCGUAAGGCAGCAGCGGCCUCCUGCUCUACUACCCUCAGUAGUCGCUACUGCUGGAAGGCAGGUUCUGGGGGAGGGGGGCAGACUGGCUCCGGGACAGGGUCCAGAGGUGGGUCUCUGUUCCGCUGGACCUCUGAGAAAGAGAAUGGGGCCAAGGGGGGGUCCAGUGUCCCUCCAUCUGUAACGCAACGCACCGCCUCCUCUUCCCCUGGAGGGUUCAAACUCAGGAGCAGGAUGAAGAUCAUCAGGAGGUCAGUUAGCAGUGGGUCUGGGGCAGAACGGAGAUCCAGCCCAGCAGCCAUGACCCUGAUCAGCCGCUACUCUCUGCGCCUUAGGACACAUACUCCGGUCCGGACACAAACUGCAGUGAGGACACGCACCCAUGUCCAGAGCCCGGGGGGUGUGAAGAGGACCCCGUCCCUUGAACUGGUCUCAUUUGGCAGACACAAGCUACGACGUCUCUCCCCCAACCCCUCCAGGACAGGUCCCGCCUCUCUGUCGAUGCAUAGCCAAUUGUCUCAGCGGGUUUUCAGGACGCGCUAUAAGAUAGUGACGCGCCUGGGCGGAGCCACCUCGCACACACCCCACUAUAGCCACGCCCUCUCCUGGAGAGCCAAGAGGAUCCAUACAGCCAGGAGUGUGCUCCAGAGUCGUCUGCGUCCCCCCGGACAGGACAGGCACCCCCCGGCCCAACACUGGAGAGGCAGAGGGCUGGGCAUGCGCUGGAUUGGCGGAAACCUUUACAGCGUCUCAGCCAAUAAGCUGUCCCGCACUGUGACAACCAGUGCGCCAAUCAACAGGACAGUGCGGUUGUCCAGUCCACAGGAAGUCUCCCACACCACCUCUAGCACUCUCAUCCGGCCCUCCAGCACUCGUUUUGUGGCUAGUCGUGCGGUUCAGAGGAGUCUAGCCAUCAUCAGGCAUGCUCGUCAGAAGAAGUCCCAGAAGCAGUACUGUAUGUACUUCAACCGCUUUGGCAAGUGUAACCGUGGCAACACCUGCCCUUACAUCCACGAUCCUGAUAAGGUGGCUGUCUGUACCAGGUUCCUGAGGGGUACGUGUAAGCAGACAGGUGGGACCUGUCCAUUCUCCCAUAAGGUGGCCAAGGAGAAGAUGCCUGUGUGUUCGUACUUCCUGAAGGGUAAAUGUAACAACAGUAGCUGUCCCUACAGCCAUGUCUAUGUGUCCCGCAAGGCUGCUUUGUGCCAGGACUUCAUCAGGGGAUACUGCCCUCAGGGAGAGAAGUGUAAGAAGAAACACACCCUGGUGUGUCCAGACUUCUCCAGUAGUGGCUCCUGUCCUCGAGGGGCCCAGUGUAAGCUCCAGCACCGUCAGAGGGCCAAACGCACCGCUCCUAACCCCAACCCCACCACAGGCCCCUCCGCUGACCCGGCCAAGAAGGCCCGCACCAAGAGGCCUAGCCUGUCAGUGGUCCUACCUGAUAACCAGAUGGCAGAGGGUUCUGCUCAGGCAGAUCCAGGGACACCCUCGUCUUCUUCCUCGGGUCCUCACAAGACCAAGCUCCCGUCGUUCAUCUCCCUCUCUAGCUCCCCCGAAGACACGGACGCCCCGGACACGCCCCCUGCCGACGGGUCAGAGGUCACAGAGAGAAUACUGCAGAUCAAGCCUCGACUCUAGAACUACAGGAACUAGAAUGGAUACUGCCUGUCUGUCUUGUCUUCCAUAGAGAGAAUACUGCAGAUCAAGCCUCGACUCUAGAACUACAGGAACUAGAAUGGAUACUGCCUGUCUGUCUUGUCUUCCAUAGAGAGAAUACUGCAGAUCAAGCCUCGACUCUAGAACUACAGGAACUAGAAUGGAUACUGCCUGUCUGUCUUGUCUUCCAUAGAGAGAAUACUGCAGAUCAAGCCUCGACUCUAGAACUACAGGAACUAGAAUGGAUACUGCCUGUCUGUCUUGUCUUCCAUAGAGAGAAUACUGCAGAUCAAGCCUCGACUCUAGAACUACAGGAACUAGAAUGGAUACUGCCUGUCUGUCUUGUCUUCCAUAGAGAGAAUACUGCAGAUCAAGCCUCGACUCUAGAACUACAGGAACUAGAAUGGAUACUGCCUGUCUGUCUUGUCUUCCAUAGAGAGAAUACUGCAGAUCAAGCCUCGACUCUAGAACUACAGGAACUAGAAUGGAUACUGCCUGUCUGUCUUGUCUUCCAUAGAGAGAAUACUGCAGAUCAAGCCUCGACUCUAGAACUACAGGAACUAGAAUGGAUACUGCCUGUCUGUCUUGUCUUCCAUAGAGAGAAUACUGCAGAUCAAGCCUCGACUCUAGAACUACAGGAACUAGAAUGGAUACUGCCUGUCUGUCUUGUCUUCCAUAGAGAGAAUACUGCAGAUCAAGCCUCGACUCUAGAACUACAGGAACUAGAAUGGAUACUGCCUGUCUGUCUUGUCUUCCAUAGAGAGAAUACUGCAGAUCAAGCCUCGACUCUAGAACUACAGGAACUAGAAUGGAUACUGCCUGUCUGUCUUGUCUUCCAUAGAGAGAAUACUGCAGAUCAAGCCUCGACUCUAGAACUACAGGAACUAGAAUGGAUACUGCCUGUCUGUCUUGUCUUCCAUAGAGAGAAUACUGCAGAUCAAGCCUCGACUCUAGAACUACAGGAACUAGAAUGGAUACUGCCUGUCUGUCUUGUCUUCCAUAGAGAGAAUACUGCAGAUCAAGCCUCGACUCUAGAACUACAGGAACUAGAAUGGAUACUGCCUGUCUGUCUUGUCUUCCAUAGAGAGAAUAAUGCAGAUCAAGCCUCGACUCUAGAACUACAGGAACUAGAAUGGAUACUGCCUGUCUGUCUUGUCUUCCAUAGAGAGAAUACUGCAGAUCAAGCCUCGACUCUAGAACUACAGGAACUAGAAUGGAUACUGCCUGAACACCAAAUGAGCUUUUGAAAAUACUACAGAGACGUAUGUAUUGAAUGCUUAUGGAAGCUCUGACGUUUCUCAGACCCAUAUCUGUCUGCUCUCAACUCAGGGUCUUUAAUGUAGCUAAACGUUUGCUUUAUGGACUCAUACAUUUCAUACAGCAAUGAUGUUUGUAAUGCAGAUUGAAUUGAUAUUUGAACAUGUUUAGUUUUUUUGUAAAUUGGAGCUUGAUGAAUUUCAAAUAAAAUGUUAUUACUGUA